CUCAACAGCAUAGGAGCAUGGCCAACAUGGAAACCGGUGUCAGGCUUUUAUUGCUAGGUAUAGUUUUUUCCACAUCGUGUGCUAUAGAUGUCCUACCCAUCAAGAAUCCCUUGCCGAAAGUCGACAAAAGUCUUCAGAAAAUCACGAAGCCGCUCGCGAACGUUGGAGAGCAAGCAAGGCAGAGAGUUUUCGGAGACAUGGUUGAACGGACCUUCACCGAUUACUAUUUCGGUGGACACAAGUAUGCUUCUGUAGUCACCGAUAACACAACAGGCGAAGUUCUUGACUGCAUGGUCAUAGGGGACAGAGAAUUCAUCGCCUACAUGGUGGGAGACCAGUGCUCGAAGUGGUCAGGUCCCGUACUCGAGCUCGUCAGUGAUCAGCCGAGCAUACAAUUCAUAAAUGUGACCACCGAUCUCAUGGACGAUUACAUCGCUCAAUGUGACGGCCGGAAAGAGAGGAACGACACAAGGCCGCUGUUCCAGAAAUUCAUGUCGGGUCUGAAGAAAGGCCCAAAAACCAUACUAAAGCACGCCGUGAUUUUCCCCGGCACGAAGUGGUGCGGAGCUGGAAACGUGGCUCGGAAUUACGAUGAUUUGGGACAAAUGUCGGGCACGGACAAGUGUUGUAGGGAUCACGAUCAUGCGGUAGAGAGUCUCGACCGCGGAGAGGAGAAACAUGGACUCAAGAACGACCUCUUAUAUACGAUGACCAAAUGCACGGAUGACGAGACUUUCAAUAAGUGCCUGUUCAACGAUGGAUCAGCGCAUGCUGGUGCAGUUGGAACGACCUAUUUCAACGUUCUGAAAACGAAGUGCUUCGACAAGAGGAAGAAAGCGAAGUGCACUUCCAAGCUUGUAUCGGGUAUAACUCCAUGCACCGAAUACAAAUACGACGAAAACUCCCCUGAAACAUGGCAAGUUUUCGACGCCUCCGCCUUCGUCCCGAACAGUUCGCUACCGGUUCAGAAACUCAAUGAGUACCUGCACUCUGCCCCGGGUCUUGGCGAUCUACUCUCUGUUGUCGCUUGAGGACGGGUGGCUCAGGAUAGAUCGCCGUCAUCCCCUUCCGUGUAGCACCCCUGACGGAUGCGCGAUCCGGGAAUGAGCCAAUAAAUCAGGCUUUAUUCAGUCCUGCAGAGAUUCCUUAUUUUCUCGAGCACCCAGCUUCUAGCACGUCGAAUCUCCGUCAUCGAUCCGAUGGAAAACCGGGUAUUA